GAUUUUUUGUGGCGCCUGCCCAACUUAUAGCCUUGCCGGGAACAGAGAACAGGCAAGCAGACAAUGUUCCGAGGCUGCCCAUCAGAACUCAGAAGUUUCCUUUGAUUCUGGUUUGCGUUGCUAGUGGGGGACGAACACCUUGACCACCUAGCUUCAGGGUUGGUUAUGCUUUAUAUUUCUACUGGAGGAACUUUGCUCGACGACCUAACUACACUCUAAUUAAAGUAUUGGGUAAUCAGCAUUAUUUGCUUGGUGGUGGAAUCAUUGUGCUUCAUUUGUCAUCGACUAGUGCUGCUUGUACGAUGUCGAAUCGUUAUGGUGUGGGCAGGCAAGAGAGAAACAAGGGUUUCGUCAAAGCCCAGAAGAAAUUUGUGCCUAGAAAUUCGAAUACAAACCCUAGCGGGUCAAAACCAACUCUCUCAACCUCCCUCAGACAAUCGAAUUCAAUGAAACAAUCGGAUGGCCGUGCUGGGAGCAGCGGUUCCGUUUCAACAUCGAUGGGCAGGGUUCAAAUGGGCGAGAGUGGAGAAUGGGUGUCCAACCGAGACCAGGGUGGUAAUUUUGUGAACUACUUGCCACAAGACGAAGCAGUGGCUACUGGGCUUGGCUCUGAGGAAGGAGGAUUGGAUCCCAUGGAAUCCCAGAGAGUUGUUGAUCUUUUAAAUAGAGAGUUGUCUCGUUUGCUUCAGUUGAAACCGAGGGAAUUUUGGAAAGAAGUGGCUACUGAUACCUCCUUGCAUGAGUUUCUGGACAGCUUCCUACAAUUUAGAAGCAGAUGGUAUGAUUUCCCAUAUCGUGGGGCCAAGGAUAUAGUCGCUGGGGUUAUUGUUGGAGAGCUUGAUUUAAGCCGUCGUGUUUUUAUGGUAUUGUAUCGCAUUUCUUCUAAUAAAGAUCCAGGCGUUCAGGUUGCUCAUACCCUCAAUGUGAGAGACCAUGAAGUUCUUUUGCAGGAGAAAAAGUUGCUUGACUUGCCAAAGUUGUUAGAUAUAUGCGCCAUAUACAGUCAUGAAAAUGAAGAGUUGACAAGAUUGCUUGUCAGAAAUGCUUUGAAUGCUCAGCCUUGGAUCCAUGAUAAUUUGACAGCUGUGAUAUCACAUUUUCUUGGAAUUGCCCACACAAUGCAUGAAAGAUGCAGCUCAUCAUUGGAGGUUUUAUUUUCUUCUGGAAAACUUGAUGAUCACAUUGCUGCUCGGCUGCAAGCUGAUCUGCUUGAGGUGAUCGACUUUAUAAAUGAUGCAGUUGUAUCAAUGGAUGCUUUUGUUAGUGCAUAUGAACUGGCAGCUGUAUUUUUUUCUUGCCCAGUUGAAAUAAGUUCUGGAAAUGAGGAGCUGCUAAGCUUUCUCGCUAGAUUGCAUGAUUCACUACUUCCAUCCUUGCUAAAGGGCUUCCAUACCAUUAUUGUUGAUGAACAAGAUGGAAGAAUGUCAAUCAUUGUUGUAAGUUUGAAGAUGUUACAGAUGAGAUUGGUGAAGUUUGGUUGGCAAUUAUUGCACUUUUGCUAUCUUAGUGAUGAGGUGUUCAGAGAUAACUACCCUCUUCCCGCUGCCACAAAAAUGUUUCCUGCCACUGUAGAGGACCCAGUUAUCAGAGCAGAUAUCCUGGUUCAAACAUUAAGAGAGAUCAAUGCAGUUUCACUACAAUUACAGGAAAACCAUCAGAAGGAGACAUUUAUUCAACAUAUUGCAAAGAGUUACAACAUUUUGAAAAGGGUUGAAAGCUUACGGGAUGAUGGUUGGAUAUUCAUUGAUGAUGAACAGUUUCAGUAUAUGUCUGGGAUUAUGAAUUCUCCAAAAGAGAUUUAUAAGGAUCCACAGCCUGCAAGAACCCCUAUGGAGAGCAAACCCUUGCAGACGGAUGAAGAUGCUGCUAUAAUUGAGUCCAAAAUCAGUCAAAUAAGGGACCUAUUUCCUGAUUAUGGUAAAGGGUUUUUAGGUGCAUGUCUUGAAGUCUAUGAUCAUAAUCCGGAAGAGGUCAUUCAAAGGAUUUUGGAGGGAACCCUCCAUGAAGAUCUGCAAUGCUUGGACAGAUCGCUAGAUAUAGUACAACCAGCCCUGUCUACUACUGCUAAUAGAAAUGAUAAAGGAAAAGGCAAACUAAUAGACUCUUUGUCAAUGCCCUCAAAUACUGCAGCAGCUUUUAGCCGGAAGCAACAGACAGAGGGACCAUUGGUUUCAUCCUCCGUAUCACUUGGAAAAUAUGUGAGGAAAUUUAAAGCUGACUUGUCCGAUGCGAGUAUCCUGGAUGAAAGGGAUGAAAAAGACUCAUUGAAAGCUGCUGCCCUAAUCUCACAAUAUGAAUAUGAAGACGAAUAUGAUGACUCUUUUGAUGAUUUGGGUUUUAGUGUGGCAGACUCUGGAGUAGAAGAAAAUGAAGUAUUAGGGGACGCUGUGAAACCAGGUAAAUCGUGGCUUACUGGGACUGGAGAGACUGCUCAAAAUGCCCCAAGUUCAAAAUGGGGCUCCAGGAAAAAGCCCCAAUAUUAUGUCAAAGAUGGCAAGAAUUACAGCUACAAAGUGGCUGGUGCUAUAGCAGUUGCAAAUUCAGAUGAGGCUUCACUGGUUAAUCAAGCUCAAGAAGAAUUAAUUUAUGGUCUUGGACGUGGUGGCAACCUUCCUCUUGGUGCGGUAAAGAAGCUGGCAGAUUUCUAUAAGGACGACAAUGACCGAUCCCCAGGUCCUGAAACACAAGGGAGGGGGAGUUUGGGCAAUUCUGGUGGUAGGGGGGGAAGGAAGGAAGGGGGAAAGUCAAGUGCUUCUCAGGACAAACAAUCUAAUGCCUCUGAGGGUGAAGGAAGAGGUAAUAUCUCGAAUUCCAGAGGCAGGGGAAGGAGGGGAGGAGGAGGAGGAAGGAACAACCAUUACAGAAAGGACCGAGCCAUGAAGAAGCACUUCUCUGGGUUGAGUGGUUAUUAGAAGCAAGCAUAUGCGAGUCUCAUAUACAUGUUCCUUGUCAAAUGUUCCAUAUGCCCAUUUCUGCCCUUGAUGGAUAGACAUGGCGCGUAAUACGUUAGCGACGGUCAAACCUUCGCCGCUUCUGGUAUUUGCGUGCUCUGCUUUUUAAGUUUUUGCCCGGAAGGGGGGAAAAUAUCUUUUUGUCAAAGGAUUAAAGCAAUCCAGCAUGAUAUUGAGAAGCGUUUUAAUGCAAUGUGUGUUACAUGAGCAAUCAAGGAAGGGGAUACUAAAUUACUUUUAGGUAGAUAAAUAAUAUCGAGUAUUUUUCUUUUCAAUUUUGGAUAGCAUCAAUCUGUAUGAUGCAAAAAAAUUUGAAUUACAGUGCACAAUCUAUCUAUUUAUCUAACUAUUCUAUUCUAAUUGAAUUGAAUUGAAUUUUUUUUUUAAAA